AUGGGGGGCGUCGGCGUCUCCCUUGCGCUGCUCGUCGCCGUCGUCCUCUCCGCCGUCGCUGCUGCCCCGCAGCUAGCCGGCACAGCCAAGGCAGAGCAUUCCCUAGGAAUCAUCCAGAAGGACAUCAUUCAGACGGUCAACAAGCAUCCCAAUGCCGGGUGGACGGCUGGACACAACCCCUACUUUGCAAACUACACUAUUGAGCAAUUCAAGCAUAUCCUGGGAGUGAAGCCAACGCCUCCGGGUUUGCUCGCUGGUGUUCCGAUCAAAAUUCAUCCAGAAAUGGAUCUCCCCAAGGAGUUUGACGCUAGAACUCAAUGGUCCAGUUGCAGCACAAUUGGGAACAUACUUGGUCAGGGUCACUGUGGUGCCUGUUGGGCCUUUGCUGCCGUGGAAGCUCUCCAGGAUCGUUUCUGUAUUCAUCUCAACAUGAGCGUCUCCCUUUCGGUCAAUGACCUACUGGCUUGCUGUGGUUUUCUGUGUGGUAGCGGUUGUAAUGGAGGAUAUCCUAUCAGCGCAUGGCGCUACUUCCGUCGCAGUGGCGUCGUCACUGAGGAGUGCGAUCCAUACUUCGAUCAGACUGGUUGCCAGCAUCCUGGAUGCGAGCCAGCUUAUCCUACACCAAAAUGUCAAAGGAAAUGCAAGGUGGAGAACCAAGCGUGGAAGGAAAAUAAGCAUUUCAGUGUUAACGCGUACAGAGUACAUUCUAAUCCCCAUGACAUCAUGGCAGAGGUCUACAAAAAUGGCCCUGUAGAAGUUGCUUUCACCGUUUAUGAGGACUUCGCACACUACAAAUCAGGAGUAUACAAGCACAUCACAGGUGGCGUGAUGGGAGGUCAUGCCGUCAAGUUGAUCGGUUGGGGAACCAGUGAUGCUGGCGAGGAUUACUGGCUUCUUGCAAAUCAGUGGAACAGAGGCUGGGGUGAUGACGGAUACUUCAAGAUCAUAAGGGGCGAGAAUGAAUGUGGCAUCGAAGGCGAUGUUACUGCCGGUAUGCCCUCGACAAAGAACACGGCCAGAAACAAUGAUGUCGCCUUUGGAACGGCCAUACUUUGA